GCUACAUUCUUCUAUGAUCAUUGUUUUAGGGUUUCAGUUCAGUUUGACGCUAAUCAAAUUUCUCAUUUACAUGUGCCUAACCCUUGAUCAACGCUAACACUGUUCAAAAUACUCCAAUGGCUGAUGCCUCCUACGUCAUUUGUUCUUCGUCACCACCUGGAGGUAAAUUCAAAGAUGCUGAUGAAGAUGCUCAGUUUCAAGAAACUGAACUCGUCAAUGACACCUUAGUGCUCAAUAGCCCCUUCACUGAACCCCAACUGGAAAAUCUCAAUCUGAACACUGAGCUUGUGGAGGAUUCUGACCCUUCGGAGAAUGUGGAAAGUGGUCCAAAAUGCGAGAAUGGACAAGAAGUUGUGCUUGAUAGCGAAGAUGACGAAAUGGACAAUGGAAGGACAGCAUCAGCUGUGAGAGGGUUGGCUGAUGAUGGAACCAGUCCAGCUGCAAGAAUUCCUUCAAUGCACUUCCAGAAGAGACCUGUAAGGCCACCUUUCAAACAAGCAGAUUCAAAUGGCACUGCUUUUAGUAAAGCUGCUAUUGGGGAGAAAGGAAUUUCAGUUGAUACCAAGAUGUUAAAUAACAUUAACUCACCAGAGCCUGGGGAUUCAACCCAAGCUGCUCUUGGGUUUGUGGAUGAGUACUUGUCAUCUAGUGAUAUGGACUUGCUUCAAGAAAUUUAUCACAUAAAACCCACUAGAGAGAAAUCACUUCAUGUCCUGAGUGCAAGAGGAUCACUAAGUUUGGCUAGAAAAAUUAAAAGUCAAACCCAGAAUAGAGAAAAAGAACCCUUCAGAUGGGAUGGCGGUGAUCAAGAUGACAAAGGAGCUGGUAUCUUGUGUAGAAAGGUUAACACAGCUUCAAAUAUUGGAAGUGAAAACCAGAAAGAAGGUGGACAUCUUCAGAGCCAAGGAAUACGGUGUGCAGGUGUUAGAUGUGAUGAUGAGAUUGAGAACAUGGUCCAAAGACAUGGAAUUGAAACAAAAAAUGAAAGGAACUCUCUCAAGGAGUUGGAUGUUCAGUCAAGUUUAAUGAGAGAGAACGAGACUCCUUAUUCCAGUGUGAUACAUACAGAAGACAUGUUUGGUAUUGGUUUAGAUACUCAAAUAGCUGCUGAAGCUAUGGAGGCAUUAGCAUUUAUGCCCACAACUGGCUGCCAUUUCCAUGAUGCUCACCAACCUGAGAAAGUACCUGAUGGCUCUUUGAGUGAUUUGAUAGAGAAUAAAGGUCACUUGAAAAACUUGUUGCAUAAACAGAAUUCUGGUUUACAGUCCAUAACAAAGAAAUCAAAGAAGAGAAAGCACACUGAGAAUCAGGAGCCAAAUACUGUGUUGGUGGAAACACGAAAAAUGAUGAAAAGCAAGUCAACUAUUAAGGGACAGUCUGAAAAUAAUACCACUUCACCAAUACACAGUGAACUUGUCUCGAUUGAAGAGGUUUGCUCAACAGGAGAGUAUACUAGUUUUCAACCAGCCACCACAGAAUCCAAAAAUAAGAACAAGAGCAGAAGGCCAAGAAAGAAAAAUCAAUCAAUCCAUCAUACAAAGAGGAACAAUAAUGUCAAGGCGGAUGACACUAUUAGGUGCAAGAGGAAGGGGGCUGAUAUAGAGGCUGAUCCAUUGAAGUUGGGAAUUAGGACAAAACGUCUCAAUUCACCUACCAAUUUGUCUGGGAAGACUGGGAAAAACAGCCUGAAUCACCAGGUUGAAGUUAGUCCACAGCUAUCUGGAUCCAGCAGUUUUUUAAUAAAUGAUUCUCCUUCUUGGCUUUAUCCUAAAAGAGCAAGGGGGAAAAGAAAGAAGGCUAAUGUGCAAGACAAUCUUGAUGCACCUACUAUUUUGUGCAUUGAUGGAAAUGAAAGCAAUGUCUGGUCCACUAACAGUAUAGAACGCCAAAAUGAUGAGGAUAAGUCAUGCGUUGACAAUAGCAGAUGCUUGUCACAGGGGAAUUCUGUUCAACCUGGUUCAGCUGACGAUACCAUGAAAUUUGAAAGCUCACUUGAUAAGCGAUCCUCGUUGGCACGUGUUGAAAUAUCAGCUAAUAAGAGCAGUGCACAAUCCAGUCCAGAAAUUCCAACAACAGUCUCCUCCAGUAAAGACUUAAUAAUGUCAAAUAACAAACGCACAUGCGAUGAGCAGCACAACAAGCCAUGCAACAAACGCCUUCGAAAGUCUCCCCUUCUGAAGGAGCUUAUUAGAUUAGGAGUCGUGGCAAGGCUCAAUAUAUCUACUGCAUCAAGCUCAAUGGAUGCCACACAUUUCAUAGCAGACAAAUUUAUACGCACAAAGAAUAUGUUGGAAAUUAUGGCUCUUGGUAAAUUAGUGGUGACACACUUAUGGCUUGAGAGCUGUGGGCAAGCAAACUGUUUUAUUGAUGAGAAAAAUUACAUUCUGAGGGAUGUGAAAAAAGAAAAGGAGAUAGGCUUUAGCAUGCCUGUGUCUCUGGCUCAAGCAAGACAAACACCACUCCUGAAGGGUAAAAGAGUCUACAUCACACCUCAAGUUAAACCUGAUAAGAAAGUGGUUGCAACCUUGGUCACAGCUGUUCAAGGCCAGGUAGUUGAUGAAAGUCAGGUAUGUGCAGAGAAGGAUGAUAAAUUCUUAGAUGAUCUGUUGAUUCUUUCUUGUGAAGAGGACUAUGCAAUAUGCCACCAUUUCCUUAGUAGAGGAACUGCUGUCUACAGUUCAGAGCUUCUUCUGAAUGGCAUUAUUAUCCAGAAAUUGGAACCUGAGAGACAUCAACUCUUUGUGAAUCAAGCUACAAGAAAAAGGCCAGGUAUGUCUAAUCGAUUUGGGAAGGUAUAUUACAGAAGGCAUUCGAGAUCCAUAUCUGCAUCAUAGUUGAUAAUUGAGACAGUGCUAUUAUGUUCCAAAGUAAGACUCACAUUAACCAAUGGACAUGUUCUUUUGUUGGGUACUAACGCUUAUUCUGUCUCUCCAUUUUGGGCAUGUUCUACUUAGAGAAUCCAACUGAUGACAGACAAAGCAUAGCUGCAUCCUGCAUGCAUAGGUUAAGGUUAGUGUAGGGGAGGGACAAUGUAAGUUUGCUGAGGCAAUAGUGUACAAUGAUUCUAACAAAUUGGCCUAUCCUAUUCCUACGUAAAUAAAGUAUAUGUAUUUUCUUUUGGUGGUUAUGUGUCGAUGUCGUUGAAGAGGUGAAAAAGAGAGUUAAA